UGUAUCUGACGAGACUGUCGAGUUCUUGCAUUUAUAUGGACAGCAUGCGCGAUGAUCGUUUUAUAUUAUAUGGGGGGGGAAAACGGGACGAUCCCCUCUUCGUGUUAGUCUUCGACAUGGACAUUACGGAGUCGUUGGGUUAUAAAGAUUUUGUAUGGGCAGUUGAAUUACAUCGUUUGGGAUUAGAAUUAGUCGGUUUAUGGCCUUUAGCCGAUGAAGUUUCUAGGAAAAAAUUAGUAACUAAUGUUCGUGUGGGCUUCACUUUCAUUACUGUGAUAUUGGUCUCUGGUGUACCGCUCGUAUGCGCGCUUAUACGAGUUUGGGGCGACAUGGUACUUAUGAUAGAUAAUUUACGAAUUACGUUACCUCUUAUAGUGGUUUCGUUUAAAUUUGUUAUUAUACGAUGGAAACGAAAAGUUCUUUUAUCUAUUGUUAACAUGAUGGCGGAGGACUGGAUAGCAGUGAAGUUAAACACAGAGAGGGAUGUAAUGCUAAAACAAGCACGAUCUGCUCGAUUACUCAUGCUUUUCGGAUAUGUUUUAAUGAUAUCAGCAUUUAUCAUGCUGAUGAUUUUUCCAUGCUUUGGCAUACAAAUAAGACACAUAACAAAUCUCACCGAUCGGAACAAGCCGCUACCGCUGCAGGCGUAUUACUUCUACGACACUGAUAAAAGUCCCCAAUUUGAAUUGACAUUUCUUACACAAGCCAUAGCAAUUACUCUGGCAGGUAUAAUUUACACAUCGGUAGAUGCUUUCCUUGCGCUCGUGGUCUUUCACAUUUGUGGCCAAUUAGAGAACCUCAGGCAUCGUUUAGUCAAUUUGAUUGUAUGCAAAAAUUUCAACCAAGCUCUGAAAAACAGCAUAAUGUAUCAUUUACGACUUAUCAGGUUUGUCAAUAACAUUGAAAGUACGUUUUCGUUAAUGAUUUUUGGAUUGGUACUUUAUUUUUGUAUCGUAUUUUGUCUAGUAGGAUUUUUACUUCUUACUGUAAUUUCUGAUGAAAGGACAAAUGACGCAAGUUUCCUGCAAGUAUGUUACAUGGCAGUUGCUGUUAUGAUUUUAUUAACGCAUACGUUUCUCUAUUGCGGUGCCGGAGAACUUAUAACGGGACAAUGUGAGGCCAUAUAUCGUGUAUUGUGCGAUCUUGAGUGGUACAAAUUGGAAUCGAGAAAAGCGAGGUGUCUUAUUUUAUUACUGCUUCGAACCAGCGAACCAUUUCGCAUUACUGCAGGAAAAAUUGUUCCAUUAACAAUGGCUUCAUUUUGCAGCCUUUUAAAAACUUCGGCUGGAUAUAUAUCGUUUUUACUAGCAAAGAGAAGUUGAAGGUUAUGUUAAUACAUUUUCAUUCAGUCAUUAUAUAGAAAAGACAAAUGUAUUUUCAACAGAAUAUUAUCGAAUAGAAACUAAUAAUUAUAUUUAUUAUCAUUAUUAAUAGAAAUACAGUUUCGUUUUGCUGUUUAACUUGAGGUUAAUUAUUUAUUGGAAA